GGAAAAAAAAAACUUGCCAUGUUUUCCUAUUUGGGAAGGAGUUGCACUCCCCUCCCAAAUUUGCACAUGUCGGGAUUACACGUUUGUUGCUACCGCGAGGAUAUCAGCACAACACGGAAUUGAAUGCCCGGAUUCGAGUGUCCCAUAGCGCAAAUUAUUGUUUGUUCGAAGAGCUUGGGUUUCUGAUGGCCCUGGGAAGUGCAAGCAAUGGCAUCGGCGCUCCGCAGACGCAAAAGCUUUGGGAGCACAACGACCCGAGGAGCACGCCUAUGUAUGCAUUUAUGCAGGAUGUGAAUAAAAAAUACGGCCUGCACCUUAGCACGUACGACGAGCUGUACCGAUGGAGCGUAGACAAUAUCGGGAAAUUCUGGGGCGAGGUGUGGAGCUUUACUGGCGUCAGAGCAUCGAAGCCAUUCGACAAGGUGGUGGAUGAGGCUGCGCCCAUGUUUCCUAGACCGUCAUGGUUUUCUGGAGCAAGGCUGAACUUCGCGGAGAACUUGCUCUUCCCAGCCGCCUCCGUUGCGGACAGCGAUCUUGCCGUCAUUGCAGCUACGGAGACGUCGCGGGAAAUUGUGACAUGGAGAGAACUGCGGGACCGCGUACGAGACUGCCAGGCUGCCAUGAUGGCUGUCGGCGUUCGCGAGAACGACCGCGUCGCUGGCUACGUGGCAAACCAUACCAACGCUCUUGUCGCCAUGCUUGCCACGACGGCUUUAGGUGCCAUCUGGACGGCCGUCAGCCCAGACACUGGCGUGCACGCGGUGUACGAGAGGCUUGAGCAGAUCGCACCAGUUCUGCUAUUCACCGACAAUGCCUCCUUCUACAAUGGCAAAGCCCAUCCGGUUCUGCCCAAAGUCGCUGAACUCUGUGCCAAGUUGCCCUCUCUAGCUGCCGUCACCGUCUUCCAAACGGUGCCACAAGCGAGCCUGGAUCUCUCCGACGUUCGUACAGCGUGCAAGAAUGUUUACAGUUACGAGCAGUUUGUCGCGCUGUGCACCUGGGAGCCCAAACUGCAAUUCUCGCAGCUCCCACCCGAUCAUCCUGUGUACAUAUUGUACAGCAGUGGGACGACGGGGGCGCCAAAGUGCAUCGUUCACGGCGCGAUUGGCACGCUGAUUCAGCACAAAAAGGAGCACGCUUUGCACUGCUCGAUAAAGCCUGGCUCGCGCCUGUUCUACUUUACGACGUGCACGUGGAUGAUGUGGCACUGGCUUGUCUCCGGCCUAGCCAGCGGAGCGACGCUGGUGCUGUACGACGGCUCGCCGUUCCGGUACCGUGACUCAGCAGGUCAGUCGAUGGCGGACGACAUGGCGAUGCCUCGUCUGAUCGAGGAGUAUGGCAUCACGCACUUCGGGACUUCGGCGAAGUACCUCUCGGUGCUGGAGCAAAAGAACGUGACGCCGCGGUCCACGCUUUCGCUCAAGACUCUGGAGGCGAUCUACUCGACCGGUUCGCCGCUCGCCCCGUCGACCUUCCAAUACGUUUACCGGGCCUUCCCUCCCACGCUCAAUCUAGGCUCGAUAACGGGAGGCACCGACAUCAUCUCGCUGUUCGGCGCACCGUCACCCCUUUCGCCCGUCUACGUGGGCGAGAUCCAAAAGCCCGGACUCGGCAUGGCGAUCCAGGCGUGGUCGCCGGAGGGCAAGAACAUCACCAUGACGGGCGAGGAGGGCGACCUCGUGUGCGUGAAGCCGUUCCCCAGCCAGCCGGUCACGUUCUGGGGCGCGACGGGCGAGACCAAGUACAGGGCCAGCUACUUCGAGCACUUUGAGGGCGUGUGGCACCACGGAGACUUUGUGCGCUUCAACCCGGCCACGCUGGGCCUCGUCAUGCUGGGCCGCAGCGACGGCGUGCUCAAGCCGCAAGGCGUGCGCUUCGGCAGCGCGGAGAUCUACAACGUCGUGUUGAAGCACUUCCCGGAGGACGUCGCCGACGCGCUGUGCGUGGGCAGGCGCAGAGAGACGGACACGGACGAGACGGUCGUGCUCUUCCUCAAAAUGGAAGAUGGAAAGCGAUUCGACGCCGAGCUGGUCGACAAGGUCAAGGCCACAGUGCGCAAGGAGCUGAGCGCCCGUCACGUCCCGGGCAUCGUCGACGCAUGCCCCGAGAUCCCGGUGACGAGCAACGGCAAGAAGGUCGAAACCGCCGUCAAGCAGAUCCUCUGCGGCCUGAAAGUCAAGACCGGCGCGUCCGUGUCGAACGCGCACUGUCUGGACUGGUACAAGGAAUGGGCCGCCGCGCACUAGAGGCCGCAAGACGUCUCUCGCCGUCCCGCACGUCGACUGCCCUCGUUCGCACACCUUGCGCCUCGGAACCGGCCCGUUCCCCUUGUGAAGCAGACGAAACAGAAGGGCGACGAGGAAAUGGAGGGAGAAGGGAAGGAGCAGAAAUAGAAUGUUCACGUGUCCAUUUGUGAUUCGGUGUAUUUGCGUACAUAUGCGUGCGUGUGUGCGCCUGGAAUCCACGACAGCUUUAAGAACCCAAAAAAAAAGGGGGGGGGACUGCCAACGGGCACGGCGUCAUGGGUCAAGUAGAGAGGAAACACGUCAAAUAUUAUGAUAUCGUUUCUGUGUCCAAGGGGGCAUAGGUGAGCCGACACUGUACACUCACGUACGCUAGGCGCAAAUAGACCGCUAGAAAUGGAAAUGAGAUUCAAGAGCGAACACGACCAUUCUUGAUGGAUC